GCGCGACGUCACACAAGAGCUUCUGCGACCGGGCCAACGCGAAUCAUCGGGAUAGGAUUGCUCGCCCAGGGACCUUGAGUGUAGUAUUCGCGAGUCCUGUCCCUACCACUAUACGAAGGACCAGGCUAGAGAGUAGACAGAUGUGAUGGGGGAUUGGGGUUUACUAUCUCCACGGCCGUAACCCUCUUGCUUUUGCUAUGAGGAGCAGUCAAAGCUAUCAAGGCGUGAACCUCAGUGGGGUCGAAUCUCCGUCAUUGCGACCGCCAUAGAAGCGCUAAAGUUUUGUAUCAGCUGAGAAUCUGUCCGUUGGGUGUAAACGUGGGUAGCACUGUGGCGGUGGGGUGGUAGAAGGCAAAACCUCGUGUUUGAGAAUUUAAGCCCUGUUUCCAAUAUAUAUCGUAAGGGCAGUUGGUAGUUGGACAGUCCCCUACGGGUUUUUACGUUUCGACGUAUGGCUCCACUACAUCCCCCUUGCAAGUAGAUAGUGAGUAAAUCUUCGUAAGAGUGUGAGAAAGGACUGAUGUGAAAGUGAAGAUGCUUCUUCAAGGUCUCACAAACGGAAGAGUCUUGAAGGUGAUCAUGUGACUGCUUGGUUGUUCCUGCCUCGGGUGAAGGCGGUAAACACGUGACCUAAAUCCGGCGCUAAACAAAGGAUGUUUACGCUAGACACAGGGGCGGGGGGCGCGUCCAAGGAGACCUCGAAUUUCCUGUCAUUUCGAUUCAUUUCGAGCUGCAGGCGGAUCUCCCGUUUGUAAUAAUCCACAUUCCGCCGACUCUGUUAAACCACCACUGGCAACGUCGGGCAAAUGUCUUCAGGCAAACGGCCCGAGCAUCUACUCGGCUGGAGUGAUGAGGAAAACGAGACUCUCUUGCGGUUGAAAUCGCAAUACGAGAAUUGGAAGGAUAUUCACAAGUUGGGCCUCUUUCCGAAUCGCAGCCCUGCUGCAGUGCAGGUCCAAUAUUCGCGGCUGAAAAACGGGCGCCCGCGCCCGGGAGUCGGGCAUGUGCGUGUCCGCCCGAAGCCAAAGCGUCCUAGCUCAACUACCAGCACUCCCAACAUCACUCCGCUGAAACGAUCUGCCGCGGCCGCGACAGACUCGCCUAAGCAGCCGUUGAGUUCACCGAAGCCUUCUCGCAAGUCCCGUCGGAUAAUGGAUGGUGCAGACCAUCAAGACCGGGACACCAACUCCGACUCCGACUCCGACUCCGACUCCGACUCCAGCGAAGGCGAAGACCUCCCUUGGGACUGCAAUUCCAACACCGCAGAACCCACACCAUCUCAGUCUGAAGGGUGGUUCCAGAAACCCCAUUCUCAUUCAGCAGGGACGGAACAUGCGCCAGCUACUCCCACCACUAUCAAGCCGACGGACACUCCACAGACCAAACCAACUAUAAGCAAGCCAGAGACCGUGAGCAAGCCGGAGACACCUCAGGCAAACUCUUCUUCAAAUGCCGCUCUACACCCACCGGAUAGGUUUCGAGCGACGCCGGCGAACGUUAUCGCCACUAGCAAGUCUCUCGCUCAGCCAACGAGCGGCAACAACAGCCCUGCACCACCGGAGCCAAUCCGUCAGGGCGGCGGCUUUACAAGUGUAAACCAGGCUUCACGCAGCCCAUCAAUGGCACACACACCACAGGGCAGUGCUCCGCCGCGCGAGGCGACUCGUGCAGGCUCUGGAACACCAUCUAUGCCACCUCCAACGGUCCCAGCUUAUAAAAACACUCCUCCAUCGACUCCUGCGGCGCAAACUCAGGGAGCCACUGGAGCCUCUCCCGCCCCAGUUCCUUCAGAUCAUACUGACAAAUCCUUAGCCAGGCCUACUAUCCCUAAGGAAAAGAUGCCAACUAGCUCCAUUCCAAUUUUGAGCUCUACCCACGUUGAGAAACCAUCGCAGACAUCAACUCCGCCUGUUCCAACCCCAUCAUCAAGUGAGAAUCCUCUUAUCGCGCCCCAAACCACAGCGAAACCAAUCUCCGCUCUACCUCAAACCCAGAUCGCUGCUCCGACGACCCAGACAGCUCAGGUGCCUGCACAAAUGCCCUCCGCCCCAGAAGCGCUCAAACUGCAUGCAGUUGAGCUCUUCAAUAGAGCUAAUGAGUACAUGUCUCGGGGCAUUGAUGCUGUCGUUGAGGAAAUGACACGUGACCAACGGACCCAAAUUGAAAAUCUCACUUUGGAGGCCAAGACCCUCCGGUCUUGCCUGAGUGAAGCUAUUGCUGAGCGUGAUAGUCUCAAGCGUCAGCUGGAGGAGCUUAGAGAGGAUAAUAAAGGGAUGGAGGAGUACAUCCAGAAGAUUAGUGAUAUGGCAUCCAGGUUUACGCGGAGGGAUUAGGGGUUGAGCUUUGGCUUGGAAUUGAUAGUCUUCCAGUUCUUUCUGAUUUCAGGUGCUUUGCAUUUCUUCCAGCACAUGCACUAUAGUUUUGAUUUCACUCACUUUCUUUUUUUCUUUUGCUCUUGCAGGCGUGGUAUACUUCUCGUUUAUAAAUUCUAACUAUGUCCUUAAAAUCCUUCUUGGCAGGCUGCAUCGGCCAUGAACCAUUAAAUCAAUGUG